AUAAAGGAAGUAAGAACAUUCGUUUAUAUGCAUACCAUCCGAGGUAAACACACUGAAUUGUGGUGUACAAUAAUGUUGAAAUAAUCGCAUAAAUAGAAUACAGCAUUUUUCUUGCAGUUGAGUUUUAUUUCGCGAGGAAUAAUGUGUUUGGUAUUCGCAGCGUUUGUUUUGAGUAUUACUGCAUUAUGGGUUUACGUUUUACGUGACGCGAGUUUUUCGUUUUUGGCCUUGGCCAUGUUUUUCCCAGGUGCGACAUCACUGAUUUGGGUAGCAGCAAAUGGAGAAUUUGUGUCUUUUAUGAACAAACUGUCGGGUGCAAACGAGCCGGUUAGGUGCAUCGUUUUCAGCAUUUUGGCGGUUGCUAUCGUUUAUUGCAUCGUAGAAGCAUGUGUGCUUAUAGCUGUUAACAUGGGAUGGGCAAAACCAGUGGAGAUUCGUAAACACAGCAUACAUGAGCACAAUAAAAGUAGGUUGUCCGGUUUUCUACGGGCAGCUGGUGAGGAGAUUGGUUGGAGAUGUUUCCUACUACCGUGUCUGCUUGACAGAUUUUCUGUUCUAACUGCAUUUACUAUAAGUGGUAUUGUUUGGGGACUCUUCCACGUGCCUGUGAUGAUUUUGUUGACUUACAGACUCAAACCUUCGCGUCCAUAUAUAACAGUGAUCGUGCAGAGUGUGUCAUGUUUACUCUCCGCAUUUCCUCAUGGGUGGCUAGCUGUGAAAUCUGGCUAUUCUAUGUGGGCGUGCAGUAUAAUGCACUGGUUCUGGAACAUAUACAACCCGACUGUGUUAGGCAGCAUUUACACUAAUACUCCCGGAAAAUAUACCGGACAGCAGUGGUUGAUCAAUGGUGAAGGGUUGACCGGAUGUCUAGUUAUGCUACCUGUAGCUGCUGCGGUGGUUUAUGAUCUCAACCAUAAACUCUUUACUAUGAUUUAACGUGAUAAUUUAAUGCAUAAUUCUUCUAGCACGCGCGUGCGUUAUCAUAUAGCGCACGAUUUGUUGUUCAGAUAAUCUAUGUUUGCCAGGUCUUUUGGUUAUAUUGCACCCGAAUACGUAACCCGUGUUUUAUGAUAUGAUAAAGGAAUUCAUAAUUAACAUUUUUUCUCGGAUAUUUACUGGUAUGUAUGGACUGCAGUAUUUGCAAAAGGUAUCGUGUUACAAUAAACAGUACAAUCUUUACAGAACACUAUUCGGGAGACAAAAAAUGGGUUACAUUGUUUUGUAGUCUUACUUCGGAAAAAAUACGGUUUUGCUAAGAGGUGAUUGCUUUACAGAGGGACGUUCUUCAGAGGUUAUAUAUAGUUGUACCUAUUAAUGGAUUGUUAAAUGUUAGCACAAAGUUUUGUAAAUAAAUUUGAUAAACUGA